AUGAUCCGACACCCCAGUAGUGUGAUUGUGGCUGGCCCGUCGGGCAGCGGCAAGAGCGAGUUAGUGGAACAAUGGUUACGGUACCUCAACGUGUUUCAAGUCAAACCCAAAAAAAUCGUCUAUGUGUACGACCGAUGGCAACCCCGGUUUGACCGUAUGCAAAAGAAGGAUGGGAUUCAGUUUCAUCGCGGGUUACCCGACCCCCGUCAUUUGACCCAAUGGUUUGGUCGGACGCGCGGAGGGGUGCUGGUGUUGGAUGAUCUGAUGGAAGAAGGGGGACAGGACAAACGAGUGUUGGAUUUGUUCACCAAAGAUUCCCAUCAUCGCAACAUCACCGUCUUGUAUUUGACGCAAGAUUUAUUCCCGCCUGGUAAAUUCUCCAAGACCAUCAAUCGCAACGCGCAUUACAUUGUGGCCUUCAAGAACCCCCGGGAUCAAACGGGCAUACGGACCAUUUUACUGCAAGCCUUUCCCGACCGAUGGCGUCAAGUCCUGCGCCUAUUUAAACGCAUCACGUCUCGUCCCUUUGGCUAUUUGAUGUUGGAUGUGCACCCGGCCUCGGAUGAUCGGUACCGCUUGUGGAGUCAUUUAACGCCCCGAGAAGGCAAGGCGCAAGUCCAUACCCUCCCCGUGGAUGUCCCUGCCGUUCGAAAACGAACUGCAACGAGAACACGCCAGAGUCCGUCGGCAAAGAGAAGGCGGACAACAACGUGACUUAUCGGUCCGCAUGGAGACCCCGACCCUCUCGCCUGCCGGGGUGGGCUCCCCCACAGCACCUCCUCCCCUCCAGGACCUCAGCAGCAUGACGGACAUGGUGACUGAAUUGACCCGACCGGUCGAUCGAGCCCAAUUGGAUCAAGAGAUUGAGGAUUUUAAUUUGACCUACCCGGUCAAUGUGGACGAUGCCUUGAACGCCUUCACCUUACCACCCGUGGCAGGCACAGGCACCACCCCGGCCACCACCACCACCCUCUGUCACCACCGCUCCCACCACGACAGCCACCCAAACCCGCCCCACCACGUCCACCCGAACACGUCCCACGGCCACCACCACCACCACCGCCAGCUCCAGACGACCCAGACCACGUCCUGUCACCACCGCCACGACCACCACGGCUCCCUCCCGUCCCCUCACCGCCCGACGCAGUGCUGGAGCAGGGACCAGGACCACCACCUCCACGGUGACGACCCCCACUGGACGUCCCACCAUCGCCGCCAAACAACCGCGACGACGUCCCCGCGUGCCGUCUCCCCCAUCCCCCGAUUCCCCCCCUCCGUCGGAGGACGAGGAUGAAGAUGAUGACGAUCGACGGCGGGGAUUAAGGCGACGGUUGGAUUUGUUGAAUGAAGAUGCUCAAGAACGGGCUCGAGGGAGACGCAUUCGCAAUAUCACGCAUACCAAUACCGUCACCACCGUGUAUGAAGAAGGAGGGCGACCUUCCGUGCGCCGCACCUCUACCCGAACCUCCAGCCCAAGUCCGCCCCCUGUACCACCCCGCCGAGGACGCGGCCGUGGCCGUGGCCGAGCCCGUGGACGGGGUCGACGCCCGUGAACAAAAAAAAGAUAUAAAACCAGGGUCCUUCCUUCUACCGUCCCAAAACCAUGUGUGGCCGAUGUCGAAGUGGUAUGGCCCCUAGACGCAAACGCAAACGCACGACGACCCGACGUCGAUCCCCUGCCAAACGACGAAGGGGUCAAGUGGGGGGUGUCGGGCCCGGUCUGCCUAUCGGGAUUCUCAAAGCCGGCUAUGGGAUCACCAAAGCCAUCGGGGAUCAUCAAACCAAGCGUGCCAUCAAAAUUGCCGACAAACGCCGACGGGAAGUGGAAUCCGGCAAACGAAAACGCUAUGCGGGGGAAUCGUUUAAUUGUUCCAUCAUGUGAAAAAAGAGUAUAAAAGACAAGAGGCGUGUCUUCUGUUGGACAAACAAGGGAUCAUCAUGCAUUGUGGUAGACGAAAACGACGCCGAAAGCAACGAGGGGGUAUCCUCCCAAUAUUCCUCAUCCCCGCUGCCAUUGCUGCAGCCAAGGCGGCAGCGGCUGGAGCCGUGAGUGGUGCCGCGGCUUAUGGCACUAAAAAAGCCAUUCAAGCCGCGACGCGCAAGAAAAAAGUGGGCAAGAUCAGUGCCGCACAAUGGGCGGCCAAUAAACGACGGGUCCAGCGGAUGUUAAGUCGAACGGGUUUGCCUCCGUUGCGAACGCUAGGGAUGCUAUAAAAGACACGCUUGGUGGGGAACAAGACAUUGUUGGAGGAUGGUCCGUGGACCCAAUGGACGUCGGCAUCGUUAUGUCUCCCGAAAACGACGUCGUCGACGCGGUCUGCAAAGCGGAGGUAGGCUACCGCUGUUGGCAAUGGCUCUCUCGCCUUUGUGGCUCAGGAAAUACAAACCCAGGAUCCGUCUUCGUCGACCGGACUAGACCACCCCGCAAGGCCAUUACGUUGUCGUUAGAGUGGACUGAGGAGAUCGAGGCCGCGUUGUGUCAGCGAUGUCGACGUCGUAUGCAACAGCAUUAUCAUGGGGAACUGUGUCGCCAGUGUGGGGCCCAAUUUACCAUAAAUAGAGCUGGGUCGUGGCAAUUCCUUAACCUUAAGCAUGGCGUGGCGCAUGGAACGUCAAGCCCCGUUCUUGAAGAGCAUCUUACAAGAAGCCAAUCAACAUAAACGACAAGAAUUGUUGUGGAUGGCGAAUGCGGAUCAGAUCAAUGCCAUCAGUGAAUUGGUGAUGAACACUCUCCGCGGCACCGUCCCCCGCUCCCGACACACUAUCACGUUGCUCAAACCCCAUGCCCAGAGUUUACGCGCCAUGGCCAAACCCGCGCAUUCUGUGAAACGACGGCGCGCCAUCAUGAUGGCUCAAAAAGGCGGCGCCCUCUGGCCUGAACUCUACCGAUGUUAUAAACGUUGCAUACGCUAGACCAGACACCUCAGUUGCACCAUGGAACCCGAGAUGGUGAGCACCACGGUGGGCAACGCCCCUGCUUUUUUACAAUUAAGAGACAAGUACAAACAAGAAUUGGUGGAAGAUACCCGCUUGACCAAAGCCGCCGAUUUGGCUGCCAAACAACAUGUGCUCCUGACCAGUGAUGCCCCCGAUGCCUGGAAACGGCCUCAACUCAAAGCCGUGAGCCGUCAAUUACGCCAUUGGACCAAAAAAGUGCGCCAACCGUUUGGGGCCCCGGCCGGUGGUGUGAGCGCAGCAGGGGCCACGACCCCGGGCGACGAUGAUUUUGAGGCGGGGCCUAUGCAAGCGUGGUUUACGCAAUUGGUCAAGGCGACCCAGGGUAUAAAACAAGGGUCCACGCCGGGUGGGCCCAGAAAACCACCUGUCCCGCCCAAACCGAACAUCACCCCCAGUGCCAAAAAGAAACUCAAGUUUACGCCCCAACCGAGCAGUGCCGAGUUGGCACACGAGUUGCUUUUUUCAGAGGAGCCUGGCACAGAACCCUGGGAUACCCCCAGUGAACGUGUGGACUCCAUCAAGAAAUCGCUCAAGCGCGGGAUUCGCAAAAAAGCCGGCGGGGUCGCCAAAAAGAAAGCCGCCGGUCUGGCCAAGAAAGCGUUGGAUUGGAAAUCGUGGAAAACCCCGUGA